AUGUCUUCGAUAUUCCCAGGUAGCUUGUUUAGUGGUGAAGCUUCUGUACAGGAUCCCUAUUCGAAAUGCGGGGUAUACCCUGGAGCAACUGGCUCUCUUAAAAGAACACCCUUUCCAGCAUGGAGUGUUGCCGAGGAUGUCAAAAGGAAUACUAGGUCCCCCCAAGAAGUUGGUAGUAUGGGCUCCAAAGGAACCGGCCCGGCUGGGAAAAUCGAGCUAUACUCUGGAAAGUAUUAUGCGUCUUGUAUAACAGGAGGCAUACUUGCUUGUGGACUAACUCAUGCAGCCGUGACCCCGCUAGAUCUAGCAAAAUGUCGGCUGCAGGUGGACCCAACAAUGUAUAAAGGCAUUAUUGAUGCAUGGGGCAAAAUUGGCCGCGCCGAAGGUAUUCGAGGGAUUUUCACUGGAUGGAGUCCAACUUUCUUUGGAUACUCGGCCCAGGGAGCGUUCAAAUACGGAGGGUAUGAAUUUUUCAAGAAAUACUACUCUGACCUACUGGGAGAGGACAUUUCUAGCCGCUGGAGGACACCAGUCUAUCUUGCCGCAAGUGCAUCUGCAGAAUUCAUUGCUGACGUUGCUCUUUGUCCAUUCGAAGCGGUAAAGGUGCGAAUGCAGACUACCAUCCCCCCGUUUGCAAGAGGGACAUUCACUGCCAUUUCGCACGUUACCGCGAAAGAGGGCGUAGCUGGUCUUUAUAAAGGACUGUAUCCGCUCUGGGGUCGACAGAUACCAUACACCAUGAUGAAAUUUGCCUCAUUCGAGAAGGUUGUUGAGAUGAUAUACAACUAUCUCCCUGGCCAAAAAUCAGACUAUAAUAAGGGAGCCCAGACAGCGGUGGCAUUUGCUGGAGGAUAUGUGGCUGGUAUUCUGUGCGCAGCCGUAUCCCAUCCCGCAGAUGUGAUGGUGAGCAAGCUCAAUGCCAACCGUUUGCCUGGAGAAGGCUUUGGAGCCGCCAUAGGACGCAUAUAUAAGCAGAUUGGCUUCGUCGGCCUGUGGAAUGGCCUCCCCGUGAGGAUUGUGAUGGUCGGAACCCUGGUAUGUACCUUCUCUGCUUGA